CCUGCGGACCGUGCGAGAGGCAGAGGCGGAAGGAGCGGGGCUGCGGCUGCUCUCCCCGCGCUGCUGAAGCGCCCGGCCGCUCGCCCGGAGGAGGGAGGGCAGGGAGGCCCGUCCUCGCUGCUCUGCGGGCGCAAAGGGUGCCGGUGCAGUCCCCUCCUCUUGCUUUUAUCCCAGCCCCGGAGCAGAACCCGCCGCCGCCGCCCCCUCUCCCUUCCUGCGCUCUUCCCACCAUGAGCGGGGCUGUUUUCACCUUAUAAAGAUGGCGGUGUGGGAUCGCUGCAACCUUUAGACUAAUGACUGUCAGAAACAUCGCCUCCAUCUGUAAUAUGGGCACCAAUGCCUCUGCUCUGGAAAAAGACAUUGGCCCAGAGCAGUUUCCAAUCAAUGAACACUACUUUGGAUUGGUCAAUUUUGGAAACACCUGCUACUGUAACUCCGUGCUGCAGGCAUUGUAUUUUUGCCGGCCGUUUCGGGAAAAUGUAUUAUCAUACAAGGCCCAACAGAAAAAGAAGGAAAAUCUCCUGACUUGCCUGGCAGAUCUUUUCCACAGUAUUGCUACUCAGAAGAAGAAAGUUGGAGUUAUUCCACCAAAGAAGUUCAUAUCAAGGUUACGAAAAGAGAACGAUCUCUUUGACAACUACAUGCAGCAGGAUGCACAUGAGUUUUUAAAUUACCUGCUCAACACCAUCGCAGACAUUUUGCAGGAGGAGAAGAAACAGGAAAAGCAAAAUGGGAAACUGAAAAAUGGCAACAUGAAUGAAGCUGAAGAGAACAAUAAACAAGAACUCACCUGGGUGCAUGAGAUUUUUCAGGGAACACUGACUAACGAAACUAGAUGUUUGAACUGUGAAACCGUUAGUAGCAAAGAUGAAGAUUUUCUUGACCUUUCUGUUGAUGUGGAGCAGAACACAUCAAUUACACACUGUCUAAGAGACUUCAGUAACACAGAGACAUUAUGUAGUGAACAGAAAUACUACUGUGAAACUUGCUGCAGUAAACAAGAGGCACAGAAAAGGAUGAGAGUAAAAAAACUGCCAAUGAUUCUUGCCUUACACCUCAAGAGAUUCAAGUAUAUGGAGCAAUUGCACAGGUAUACUAAGCUGUCUUAUCGUGUAGUAUUUCCUCUGGAGUUACGUCUCUUCAACACAUCUGGCGAUGCUGUCAACUUAGAUCGGAUGUACGACUUGGUAGCUGUUGUUGUUCACUGUGGAAGUGGACCAAAUCGGGGGCAUUAUAUUACUAUUGUGAAAAGUCAUGGAUUUUGGCUCUUGUUUGAUGAUGACAUUGUAGAGAAAAUAGAUGCUCAAGCUAUUGAAGAAUUCUAUGGUCUGACCUCUGAUAUAUCAAAAAAUUCAGAGUCUGGCUAUAUUUUAUUCUAUCAGUCAAGAGAGUGACUUGGCAAACUGUGACAAUUGCUCACAACGAUGCUGCACGGAAAAGAAGGUGAUGGCCCCCCUCAACUGACUUCUACACAGACCACAUCUGUAUGGUUGAACAACGAUACGCUCUGUCUCCUAUUAAAUGGUCUAUGUGAUAUUGAC